AUGGCCCUAACUGCUAACCUUUCUCUGUUGUUGGAGCUGAUCGAGGACAUUGGCCAGCAAGUCCUCUCGGAUGAUCGGGAGCUGGAGGUCAACAUGCGCAAUCCCGACUACAAACUCGUGUUCAUUUCACUCUGCAUUUUACACCUCUUUACCCUCUGUGAAGCGCGCCCCCUAAGAAAAAGGACAGUAAGUGAGGUCCAGCUCAUGCACAACCUUGGGGAGCUGAAGCAGGUGCAGGAACGUCAGGUGUGGCUGCAGAUGAAACUCCAGGGAAUCUACGUCCCCCCGACAUGGGGCAGCAGCGGGGAGACCGGCCGAACGAGGAGGAGACUGCGUCCCGAGGAGCUGCCAGACCUCAGCGACAUGACACCGGAGGAGAUCCAGUAG